GUUUUCUUAAGGUAAUUUUCUCUCCUGUUCGGUCUCUCUAGCUUUUCUUCUCUCUUCGGUUUCACUCUUUGUUCUGUUCGUUUCCUGCAUCAACGAAACAAUCAUAAAUGCAGUGAAGAAGUUCACAUGAUAAGAUGGGUAAGACGAUACAGUUGUUUGGAUUCCCUUCUGGUGCAUCUGCAGAAGCUGUUUUUGAAUGGCUGGAGAGAAAAACUGGAAAAGGAUCUGUUUAUGCUAUGAGAUACAGACAAGCCAAAAAUUCAAGGAGAUAUUAUGCUAUUAUUCAGUUUGAAACCGCCAAUGAUGCUGAGUUUAUUAAUUCCUUGGCCAACACUGGAAACCUGUGGUAUGGGAAAAGCUAUCUGAAGUCCCGGAAGAUGGAUCAUGAUAUUGUACCAAAGCCAAGAACCGCUUUGCACAGUCUGCAAAAUCUAGGAUUGUAUUUUGGUUGCAAGACCGGAAAAGAGAGCUAUCAUUUUUGGUGUUCGGACAAUGUUUCAGUGGACUUUGGGAUUAGAAUACGGAAAUUAAUUUGUCUUCUGAAAUAUGAUGAGGUGGAAUAUAAGCUUGAACUUUCCUAUGAGAACAUUUGGCAGACUGAGUUGUAUAGUCCACGUGGUCACACUGCUAAGAAACUUCUGUUUCAGUUAUUGGGAGCACCUCGGAUUUUUGAGAAAGAAGCAGACUCUUCAGGACAAGCAUAUGAAGACCCUUUUCAGAACUAUUGCAGGGAAACCCCUGAUGACCAAUGGAUCCGGACAACUGAUUUCACUCCAUCAUGCGCUAUUGGGCAGUCUUCUGCAUUAUGCUUGGAGCUUCCUUAUGGUCUCCAACUUCCAGAUUUUGGAGAAAACUUUCCCGGGUACAAGGGUAUUUUAAGGGACCUUGUCACAGAGUUAUGUCCCCCUUUUUCUUGCUCGGAUCUGGGAGCCAUGGUUUGUCCUCCGGAAUAUGUUGGUGUGCCAUAUGAUAUCUUGUUUAAGGUAAACUCCUUGGUUCAGCAAGGGUGGCUUCCUGGGCCAAAACUUGAUGAUAAUUUUUUUGAGUUGGUUGAUGCACACAGAAGAGACCUUGCAUGCAUAGAGUAUGCUCUAGAUAAAUUAUACAAUUUAAGAGAUAGCUGUUAUGAACCUUCAAUGUGGCUUGAGGAGCAGUAUAUGAAGUACCGCAGAUUGAAGAAACCUCCGAAAUCACCAGUAAUAUCCUUAGAUUCUGGGUUGGUGUAUGUUCGUAGAGUCCAGAUCACAUCAUGUCAAAUACAUUAUUGUGGUCCUGAAGUCAAUAUCUCAAAUCGUGUACUACGCAAUUACCCAAUGGAUACUGAUAACUUCAUUCGUGUUUCAUUUGUUGGAGAGGAGCUUGCAAAAAUUUAUUCGGCAGAUUUGUCUCCUCGUAAGUCCACUACAAAUCAGGAUAGGAAAACCAAAUUCUACAUGAGGAUUCUUUCUAUUCUCAGAAGCGGCAUAGUAAUUGGUGAAAAGAAAUAUGAAUUUCUUGCAUUCUCGUCGAGCCAGUUGCGGGAGAAUUCUAUGUGGAUGUUUGCUUCAAGGUGGGGACUUACAGCCGACGAUAUAAGAGAGUGGAUGGGAGAUUUUUGUCAUAUAAAAAAUGUGGCAAAGUACGCUGCUAGAUUGGGUCAAUCCUUUGGUUCAUCCACUGAAACUUUGACUGUGGCCAGACAUGAAAUUGAAGUUAUUCCUGACAUUGUCCAUAAUAAAUAUGUCUUCUCUGAUGGGAUUGGGAAAAUAUCUGCUGAUUUUGCUAAGAAAGUGGCCUUAAAAUGUGGCUAUAAAGGGUUUGCUCCAUCUGCCUUUCAGAUUCGAUAUGGUGGUUACAAAGGUGUGGUGGCCAUUGAUCCAACAUCAUCAAUGAAAUUAUCAUUAAGGAAGAGUAUGUCCAAGUAUGAAUCAGAAAACGCAAAGUUGGAUGUUUUAGCAUGUAGCAAGUAUCAGCCUUGUUUUCUGAACCGCCAGUUGAUAACUCUUUUAUCUACCCUUGAGGUUCCAGAUCUUGUUUUCAUGAAAAAACAAAGGGCAGCUGUACAACAACUGAAUGCUAUAUUGACUGACCCACUAAAAGCACAGGAGGCUUUGGAUUUGAUGUCUCCAGGAGAGACUACUAACAUCCUGAAGGAAUUGCUCACAUGUGGUUAUAAACCUGAUGUUGAACCAUUCCUUUCAAUGAUGCUGCAAACAUUUCGGGCAUCAAAGUUGCUAGAUUUGCGGCUGAAAACAAGAAUCUUUAUUCCAGAUGGACAAGCAAUGAUGGGAUGUCUAGAUGAAACCGGAACAUUGGAAUAUGGAGAGGUGUUUGUGCAAUUUUCUGGUAACAGACAUCCUGGAAGUGCCUCAAACCAGCAAUUCAUUGAAGGAAAGGUAGUUGUUGCGAAGAACCCUUGUUUACACCCUGGUGAUGUACGUGUUUUAGAGGCUGUGAAUGUGCCGGAGUUGCACCAUAUGGUGGAUUGUGUAGUUUUUCCACAAAAAGGAUCAAGGCCUCAUCCAAAUGAAUGUUCAGGAAGUGAUCUUGAUGGAGAUAUCUACUUUGUCUGUUGGGACCAAGAAUUAAUUCCUCGGAGACAAAUCCAACCUAUGGAUUAUACCCCAGCACCAAGUAUCGAAUUGGAUCAUGACGUCACAAUGGAGGAAGUUGAGGAAUAUUUUGUGAACUACAUGGUCAACGAUAGCUUGGGCAUAAUUGCCAAUGCCCACACUGUUUUUGCAGACAAAGAUACUUUAAAAGCAAUGAGCGAACCAUGUAUAGAGCUUGCAAAGCUGUUCUCAAUUGCCGUUGACUUUCCAAAAACUGGUGUGCCAGCUGUAAUACCUGCACAUCUAUAUGUCAAGGAAUUUCCAGAUUUCAUGGAAAAACAUGACAAGCCCACCUAUCAAUCAUGCAAUGUGAUCGGAGCGCUUUUUCAAGAGGUGAAGGACAUUGCGUCUCAUGACAGCUCUAUCAGAUCCUUCACUCGUCAAGUGGCAAAGCAGUCAUACGACCCUGACAUGGAAGUUGAUGGCUUUGAGGAUUACAUUGAAGAUGCUAUCUAUUACAAAGGCAAUUACGAUUACAAGUUGGGAAAUCUGAUGGACUAUUAUGGGAUCAAGACAGAGGCUGAAAUACUUGGUGGGAGUGUUAUGAGAAUGUCAAAAUCUUUCACUAAGAGGCGGGAUGCAGAUUCUAUAAACAUGGCUGUGAGAUCGUUGAGGAAGGAAGCUCGGGCAUGGUUCAAUGAGAAGGGAACGGGUCUAGAUUCCGGAGCUGAUGAUGUAUACGCAAAGGCUUCAGCUUGGUACCAUGUCACAUAUCAUCCUGAUUAUUUUGGCACAUACAAUGAGGGGCUGAAUCGUGACCAUUUCAUCAGCUUUCCGUGGUGCGUUUAUGACAAGCUCGUCCUCAUCAAAAAAGAUAAAGCAAGUAUGAGAAGGUCUCUACACAUGUCACCUCUAGAACGCCAAUUCCGGAGUGGGUUGCAUUUGAGUUGAGAAAGUUGAAAUAUUUGAUAUUUGUUUCUUGAUGAUGGGGUAACCUCUCAACAAAGAUGAAAUCAAAGUUAAAUUAUUUAUGCUGAUGGUAAAAACUUUUGAGGACAUCAGCUUGUUGUAUAGUAGAUUGAUCAUCGGUUUCUUGUUUCUGACACUUGAAAGUUGGUUUGAAAGCUCACAAUUGCUAACCGAUUGCCCUUACUCGGAUCUUAGCUAUUUUGUAUAUGUUAUCACUAUUUUUUAAUGUGCUAAUUUGGUUGAAAUGUGCUUUCAUUGGUAA